AGCCAUGGCCAAAUACGUGGAGCUAUGCACCAAGGCCAAGAUGCCCAUCCUUGGGCUGGGCACCUGGAAGUCUCCGCCAGGGAAAGUAGCCGAUGCGGUGAAGAAGGCCAUCGAUGUGGGAUAUCGCCACUUUGACUGCGCCUAUGUAUACCAGAACGAAGACGAAGUUGGCAGUGGAAUCCAAGAGAAAAUCAAGGCAGGGGUUGUGAAGCGUGAGGACCUCUUUGUUGUCAGCAAGCUUUGGUGCACAUUCCAUGAGAAACACAUGGUGAAGGGUGCAUGCAAGGCGACCCUGAAGUCCCUGAAGUUGGAUUACCUGGACCUCUACCUAAUCCACUGGCCUGUGGGAUUUAAGGCUGGCGACGAUCUGUUUCCUACCGACGAGAAAGGCAUGACUAUAGCCAGCAACACAAACAUUCUAGACACCUGGGAGGCCAUGGAAGAACUGGUGGAUGCCGGGCUGGUGAAAGCCAUUGGUGUUUCCAAUUUCAAUCAUGAUCAGAUUGAGAGAAUCUUGAACAAGCCGGGAUUGAAGCACAAGCCAGCCAAUAACCAGGUUGAGUGCCACCCCUAUCUCACCCAGGAAAAGCUGAUUCAUUACUGCCAGUCCAAAGGGAUUUCUGUCACUGCGUACAGCCCCCUGGGCUCUCCUGACAGGCCAUGGGCUAAGCCGGAGGAUCCAUCUCUCCUGGAUGAUCCGAAGAUUAAAGAGGUUGCUGCCAAGCACAAUAAAACUGCAGCUCAGGUCCUGAUCCGAUUUCAUAUCCAAAGAAAUGUGAUUGUGAUACCCAAAUCUGUCACCCCAGCGCGCAUUCAGGAAAACUUUCAGGUGUUUGACUUUGAGCUGUCCAAGGAGGAGAUGGAGACCAUCCUUAGCUUCAACCGGAACUGGAGAGUAUGUGCCCUGAGCACGAGUGCUCAGCACAAAGAGUAUCCUUUCAAAGCUGAGUAUUAAAGCCCUGUUCUCCUGCAAGUCAGAGAGCGG